CGCUCGCCACAGCGCGUGCAGCCAGCCAGCGAGAAGGCGCGAGCGGCGGCGCAGCCUGCAGCCUCCCGCCAGCCGGCGAGCCAGUGCGCGUGCGCGGUAGCGGCCUCGGCGGCGACCGGGAAGCGGACGGGCGGGCGAGCGAGCGAGCGAGCGAGUGAGCAGGCGGUGUGGGCGUGCGAGGCGAGGCCGAGUCGCGAGCGACAUGGGGGAUCGAGAGCAGCUGCUGCAGCGGGCGCGACUGGCGGAGCAGGCGGAGCGCUACGACGAUAUGGCCUCCGCCAUGAAGGCGGUGACAGAGCUGAAUGAACCGCUAUCUAAUGAAGAUAGAAAUCUCCUCUCUGUGGCCUACAAGAAUGUAGUUGGUGCCAGGCGAUCUUCUUGGAGGGUUAUUAGUAGCAUUGAGCAGAAAACCAUGGCAGAUGGGAAUGAGAAGAAGUUGGAGAAAGUUAAAGCCUACCGGGAGAAGAUUGAAAAGGAGCUGGAGACAGUUUGUAAUGAUGUCUUGGCUCUGCUUGACAAGUUCCUUAUCAAGAACUGCAAUGAUUUUCAGUAUGAGAGCAAGGUGUUCUACCUGAAAAUGAAGGGCGAUUACUACCGCUACCUGGCAGAGGUGGCUUCUGGGGAGAAGAAAAACAGUGUGGUUGAAGCUUCUGAGGCCGCGGACUCUCUGGAUACUCAGGCUUUGUCCUCUGAUGUUUUCCAGGUGACAGAGCUGAAUGAACCGCUAUCUAAUGAAGAUAGAAAUCUCCUCUCUGUGGCCUACAAGAAUGUAGUUGGUGCCAGGCGAUCUUCUUGGAGGGUUAUUAGUAGCAUUGAGCAGAAAACCAUGGCAGAUGGGAAUGAGAAGAAGUUGGAGAAAGUUAAAGCCUACCGGGAGAAGAUUGAAAAGGAGCUGGAGACAGUUUGUAAUGAUGUCUUGGGGACGUUGUACAUCGUGGCGACCUUGUCAGAGCGCUGCAGUGACGCACUCCCUGGAUUCCGCAGCCCUCGGCUGACACAGGUGAAAUUGAGAAAGAGGUAG